AUGGGAAGAAGGAAAAGUACUAUAACUCUACAAGAACGCAACAUUAACUGGAUGUUAACCUGCUCCGAUCCAACCCCACUUGCAUUUUUCCAACACAUAUUUCCAGCUCAUUAUGGUCAAGCAACCGAAAAAUAUCGUCAUAUACUCAAUCUAGCUUUGCACGAAACAGGUGAUCCUGAGGUUCUAAAUAAGCUCAGAAGAAUAAAAAGAACGGUGGAUGAUGCAAGGAUUUUAUUUGACUGGGAGACAUGGAUGCAACAGAAGACAGCGAUUUUAGUUCGCCGUUCUGUUCGUAGAACAAAUCUUCACAUCCAUGAGGAAAUAAAUUCUUUUGCGCAAAAUAAGUCUUCUCAAUUGUCUUCUGAAAGCGAGAAUUCUAGGAAGAGAAAAAUUGGAGAUCAAUCAGAUGACGAAUAUUAUGAUGAAUAUGAAAGUGACGCAUUGUCCAAUGGUGAAGAUGAAGAAACCAGUGAGUUUGAAAAUGAUGAUAUUGAAGAUAAUAGUGAAGGUCAUGAAAAUGAAAUUGGUGGUGAAAGCGAUGUUGAAGAGUAUUAUCAAGUCAAAAUUGAUAAGAAUGAAUUCGUUCAGGCAUUUGAUAAAAUACCGGAAUCAUCAAAAUUAAAAUUAAAUUCCGGGAGAGUGGUCGAAAAUGUACUUUUUAAUUACAUAAAGGAUAAUGAUUACGAACAUCUCGCUCAUUCUUAUAUAAUAAAUUGUGAUGAUCAAGAGAUCAAAGAAUUGUUCAACGACGAAGAAUGGACGGAAUUAACGAAAGAUCAUUUUGGAAUUCCUCAAGUUCCAUUAGAUAUUGCUAGAGAAAUUGCAAAAUAUGGAAAUAAAAACUUGAAACAACUACGUGAAAUCGUAAUGAAAUCUUUUCUUCCAGAUAAUGUUUCUUAUGACAAUGAUCUGCACAGCGAUUUAGAAUGGAUCCAGAUGACGAUAAGAACCAUUGUUCAUUUAUUUGAGAAUGAAGAUUCUCCCUUACAACGAAACCAUUAUGAAUAUUGGUACACUAUCGCGUUUUUUGGAAUAUGUAUAGAUAUAUUAUUCCGAGAUUCAAAACUGGGAACUGAUGUGAAAAGAUCGGAUGCACCAUCAUAUGCAAGUUCUAAUCGGAAAAAUCGUAAUAAAAAAACAAAGAGAAAAUUAACCGGAAGGAAGAUUGAUGGUAUCAUAUAUUUAAUAGAAGAAUUGCACGAAAUGGGUGCAAUUGAAGGGGCGAGGUCUUAUGCAGGAAUACAUGAUAAAAAGUAUCUUUCCGAAUAUUUUAAAUUACCUAAAACUCUUCGAGAUAUGCUAGCAGAUAUAAUAAAAGCUCUUAAUUAUGAUGGUAAUAGAACAACUAACAUUCAAGUUUUUGGCGUUAUUCAUCUUGGAUUGAGAGUUCAAUUCAGUAGACUUUGGAGAGUAGGAGGAUCAAUAACUAUUUUCAAAAAAGAUCAAUUAUACAAAUUGCCACAUACCUUCACCAUUGAUAAAUUUAAGUCUUUUUUAAAAUUUAUGAUAUCAAUAUAUCAGUACAAGAUGAUUUUAAAGAAUAAUAUACAAGUACUACGUGGGGAGGAAGAUCUUGAGGAGGAAGAGACUUUAUUAUUAAAUGAAUUAUUAAAUGUUGGCCGGCAACAAACGUCACCUCCGAAUACU